UAAAUGCAUAGUUACCAUUUCCAAGCCCUCUCAAAACAGACUAUGGAAAUGAAGGUUUCACGGUCUUUCAUGGCUCUAUUUAUUCUCUUUGCGUUUGUGGUCUCGGUGACUAGUGGACAGCCCCUUGUUCCUGCCAUGUUCAUAUUCGGGGACUCGGUUGUCGACGCCGGAAACAACAACGACCUCAAAACUAUAAUAAAAGCAGACUUUCCUCCUUAUGGGAGGGAUUUUGUGAAUCACAAACCAACAGGAAGAUUCUGCAAUGGAAAAUUAGCCUCAGAUUUUACUGCUGAGAACAUUGGCUUCACCGACUACCCACCAGCUUAUCUCAGUGAAGAGGCUAAAGGAAAUAACCUGUUGAUUGGAGCCAAUUUUGCAUCAGCUUCUUCUGGUUAUUAUGAGACUACAUCAAAGUUAUAUCAUACACUGUCAUUGAGUAAGCAACUAGAGAACUUCAAGGAGUAUCAGAAUAAACUGGUGGCCAUUGCAGGGAAAUCUAAUGCUUCUUCAAUAAUAUCGGAUGGAAUCUACCUUAUCAGUUCAGGGAGUAGUGAUUUUCUUCAGAACUACUACAUUAAUCCUCUAUUAUACAAGUUCUAUACACCAGACGAAUUCUCGGAUAUUCUCAUCGAAUCCUACGACAACUUCAUACAGAACCUAUAUGAGCUAGGAGCAAGUAAAAUUGGAGUGUCAACAUUGCCACCAUUGGGAUGCUUGCCAGCAGCCAUAACGGUGUUUGGGUCAGAUAGCAAUGAGUGUGUGGCUAAGUUAAAUAGCAAUGCAGUUUCGUUCAAUAACAAACUCAAUGCAACAUCUCAAAAGCUACAGAAAAAGCUUUCCAACCUUAAAUUGGUUGUCUUUGACAUCUACCAACCUCUCUACAACCUUGUCACUAAGCCAUCUGACAACGGUUUUGCUGAAGCAAGAAAGGCUUGUUGUGGAACGGGAUUACUGGAAACAUCAAUAUUGUGCAAUCCCAAAUCCAUUGGAACCUGUGCAAAUGCAACUGAAUAUGUUUUUUGGGAUGGAUUUCAUCCAUCAGAGGCUGCAAACAAGAUUUUAGCAGAUGACCUGUUGACCAGUGGAAUUUCUCUCAUUUUUUAAUGAGAAAAACAAUGUUGCUUAUGUAAUAAAGGGUUUGGUUCAACUCUAAUGUUCCUAUGUUGUCAUUUGAUAUGUUUUUAUUAGUUUAAGUAUGAAUGGAAAACGAACAGGCUCUAAUUAGAACCUGUGAUUUUCCAUUUGUCUCGUAAGUUCUAAUUAGUAUGUAAAA